UCAGUGAUCCUUCAAUUUUGUUUUCAUAGGUUAGGAAAGUUUUUGCAGGCUAUUAUUUGGAUGGAAAAUAUUGAGAAAUAAUGCGAAUCCUUAUCCUAUAGAAUUGUUUUGAAUUUUUUUAUUAUGGUGAAAGAAUAGCUAUCUUCAAAUUGCUCAGAAUGGAUCCAAGUUUACCUAGUAACAUUCCACCCCCUGCUUUUGUGCCCCCUCAAACAAUUGGAACCCCUCCCUUAAUACCACCAGUUCAAAUACCUCCAAUUGGAAAUUUUGCCCCCAUUAUUCCACCAUUCAGCGUACCUCCACCUGGUUUUGGUGCUUUUCCUGCUCCCGCCCCUAAUCCAUCAGAUCAGUGGACAGAGCAUAAGGCCCCCGACGGCAGAACUUACUACUAUAAUUCCGUAACGAAACAGAGCUCAUGGCAGAAGCCAGACCAGUUGAAGUCCCCCGCAGAGCUCUUGCUCUCUCAAUGCCCAUGGAAAGAAUACACAGCAGAUAAUGGAAAAAUUUAUUACCAUAAUAUUAACACGAAAGAAUCAAGAUGGGUUAUACCACUUGAAUUGGAAGAAAUUAAAGCUAAGAUAGCAGCAUCAGAAGCUGAAGCUACAAAGGUUGUUAAACCACCCAUUGAAAUUUCUAGUCCUCUACCUCUUCCACUACCGAUUAAUUCUGGUAGUAAUUCUCCCAGUAUUUUAACUGCACAAGUUGCAGUUGCAAGUCCUGGAGGUAAAAGUGCCUUAGAGGCGGCUAUGGCUGCUACAUUGGCUUCUAUUGAACUUCCAAACCCAGAACCUAAGAGAGAAGAAGAACCUGUUAAAGAGCCAGAAAAAGAUAUCCAGCCGCCAGUCCCCGAAAUGAAGUCAUUCAAAGAUAAGAAAGAAGCUAUGGAAGCCUUCAAAGAACUUCUAAAAGAGAAGAAUGUUCCUUCAAAUGCCACCUGGGACACUUGCGUUAAAAUAAUAUCGAACGAUCCAAGGUAUGAGAGUUUCAAAAAACUCAACGAGAAAAAACAGGUGUUCAAUGCUUACAAGACGCAGAAACUCAAGGACGAAAGAGAAGAACAACGUAUUAAGGCUAAGAAAUCGAAGGAACAGUUGGAAGAUUUUCUUUUGAAUUCAGACCAAAUAACAUCCACUACCAAGUACUACAGAUGCGAUGAAAUGUUUUCUUACUUGGAGGUUUGGAAUAACGUUUCUGAUUCAGACCGGAGGGAUAUAUACGAAGAUGUUAUAUUUUCUCUUGCUAAAAGAGAAAAAGAAGAAGCUAAAAAAUUGAAGAAACACAAUAUGAAACGUCUCGCGGAAGUCUUGGACAGCAUGCCUAAAAUCACCUAUGAUAUUACUUGGUCUGAGGCUCAAAAGAUGCUCUUGGACAAUCCCGAAUUCAAGAACGAUGUUAAUCUUCUUGCGAUGGACAAAGAGGACGCCUUGGUAAUUUUCGAAGAGCAUAUCAGAGCUUUGGAAAAGGAGCAUGCCGAAGAGAAAGAGAGGGAAAAGAAGAGGUUGAAAAGGCAAUAUCGCAAAAAUAGGGAUAGAUUCUUGUCUCUCUUAGAUCAUCUACACGAAGAAGGCAAGCUAACUUCCAUGUCUUUGUGGGUGGAGCUCUACCCUCUGAUUUCUGCCGAUGUCAGAUUCUCUGCGAUGUUGGGUCAAAGCGGCUCUACACCAUUAGAUCUUUUCAAAUUUUACGUUGAAGACCUUAAGGCUCGUUUUCACGAUGAGAAAAAAAUAAUUAAGGAAAUUUUGAAGGAAAAGGAAUUCGAAGUGGAGAUUGACACGACUUUUGAUCAAUUUGCAACGGUUAUAUGUGAAGAUAAGAAAAGUGCGACUCUGGAUGCUGGAAAUGUUAAAUUGACUUUCAAUUCUCUAUUGGAGAAGGCUGAGGCGAAAGAGAAAGAGAGGGCUAAGGAGGAACUGAAACGCUUGAAGAAGCUGGAGAUGCAAUUCAAGAAUCUGUUGAAAGAAAUGAACAUAGAUCCGGACUGUUCAUGGGAUGAGGUUAAAGAAAAGAUCCAAAACGAGGAGGAAUUUUUGGCGUUUGCUUCCGAUUCGGAAAGACAGAAAAUAUACAAGGACUUCCAACACGAAAUGGAGGAAUCGUGCAGCCACCAUCAUUCCAGAUCAAGGAAAUCCAAGAAAAAGAAGAGCAAAAAAUACAAGUCGUCCAGCGAUUCUGACAGCGAGAAGUACAAGACAAAAAAGAAAUCAGGCAGUCUUUCGGCGUCGGAAGGCACAGAUGACGAUUACAGAAAGAAGAAAUCGAAGAAGAAGCACAAGAAAAAGAGCCCUUCGCAGUCUCCCGACCAAAAACACCUGAAAAACAAUGACGGAGAAGGAAAAGGAGACUUCACUGAAAGCGAAUUGGAGAGGCGAAGGGCGCUCUUAUUGGCUCAGUUAAAAGAGCCCGAAAGCGAUUAAGCUAGCAGUAAAAAAUACGUUUAAUUUUUAUCCUACGACUAAUCGAGAUCCUCUAGGUCCUCGAUCGAAAUUUUAUAUUCUGUUGUUUAUACAUAUGGCACUUCAUUUAGUUGGAACGAGUAAAAAAAAUCGAUCUACUUGAAGUCGUCCAGUCCUUCAAGGAUUGUUACAAAUUUUUGUAGAAAGGCUCACUUUGAUUUUAUUAAACCAGAUGAUAUUAUAUCAGCCCUCGGUCCAUCCCAUCCCGGUUUCCUUCAGUCCUACAUGCCUGGAAUUUUUUAAAUAUAAUUUUCAACGAA